CUCCCCGGCUCCGGAGCAUAAACAAGAGCGGGGCUGGGAUGAGGCGGCGGUUGGUUCCCGACCAGCGAGUGGCGGCCACUGGGGCGGCGAGCGGGGCCCGGCGCCGACCCUGAGCGCGCCCGACCCGCCCUCCCGCGCGCUAGCCUCCGGCCGGGCCCAGGGGCCCGCCCGUCCGCCGCGCGCCCACCAUGAACCUGGCGAGUCAGAGCGGCGAGGCCGGCGCCGGCCAGCUGCUCUUCGCCAACUUCAACCAGGACAACACGUCCCUAGCUGUUGGUAGUAAGUCCGGUUAUAAAUUUUUCUCCCUUUCUUCUGUGGAUAAGCUGGAACAGAUCUAUGAAUGCACUGAUACUGAAGAUGUGUGCAUCGUAGAAAGACUGUUCUCAAGCAGCUUAGUGGCCAUCGUUAGCCUCAAAGCUCCCAGGAAGCUGAAAGUUUGCCACUUUAAGAAAGGAACCGAGAUCUGCAACUACAGCUACUCCAACACGAUCCUGGCCGUGAAGCUGAACAGGCAGAGGCUAAUAGUGUGCCUGGAGGAGUCCCUCUACAUCCACAACAUUCGGGACAUGAAGGUCCUGCACACCAUCAGGGAGACGCCCCCCAACCCUGCAGGCUUGUGUGCGCUGUCCAUAAACAACGACAACUGCUACCUGGCGUACCCGGGCAGUGCCACCAUCGGGGAGGUGCAGGUCUUCGAUACCAUUAACUUGAGAGCUGCAAACAUGAUCCCGGCUCACGACAGUCCUUUAGCAGCGCUGGCCUUCGACGCCAGUGGAACCAAGCUCGCCACUGCUUCUGAGAAGGGGACCGUGAUUAGGGUAUUUUCCAUUCCAGAGGGACAGAAACUCUUCGAGUUCCGGAGAGGAGUUAAGAGGUGCGUGAGCAUCUGCUCCUUGGCCUUCAGCAUGGACGGCAUGUUCCUCUCCGCCUCCAGCAACACGGAGACUGUGCACAUCUUCAAACUCGAGGCCGUGAAGGAAAAACCUCAGGAGGAGCCCACCACCUGGACUGGCUACUUCGGGAAGGUGCUCAUGGCUUCCACCAGCUACCUGCCCUCCCAAGUAACAGAGAUGUUCAACCAGGGCCGAGCUUUUGCCACAGUCCGCCUGCCUUUCUGUGGUCACAAAAACAUCUGCUCGCUGGCCACAAUUCAGAAGAUUCCCCGAUUAUUGGUGGGGGCUUCCGACGGGUACCUCUACAUGUACAACCUGGACCCCCAGGAGGGGGGCGAGUGCACCCUGAUGAAACAGCACAAGCUGGACGGCAGUAUGGAGACGACCAAUGAAAUCUUAGAUUCCGCCUCUCACGACUGCCCCCUCGUGACUCCGACCUACGGCGCGGCCGGGGCUCACGCGCCUUCGUCUCCCACGAGACUGGCCUACACGGACGAGCUGGGUGCGGCGGGCAGCGCCUGUCUGGAAGAUGAAGCCAGCGCCCUGCGGCUGGAGGAGGACAGCGAGCAUCCUCCCAUGAUUCUUCGGACGGACUGAACUUGACCUGUGAACUCUGAUCUCUGAAGCAGAGAACACUAGCUUGACAGAGGACUUUGUGAUAUGCUGCUAUGAACUUUGACCCGAGUUGCGGGAGAGGAUGGCAGAGACUUAAAAAGAAAAACAGAUUGUAGCCGUAGUCUCAUUCCAUGCUGUUGAGAAAUACAUUGUUUUCACUUCAGUGGCUUUUAAUCCUGCUUAUGAAUUGUAGCUUUUUGUUUGUUUUCUCUUUUUGCCAAAAUUAACUGUUUGGUGAAGCCCUUGGAACCUUGCUUUGCAUGCGUUACUGUGCCAAGCCAGCAUAGGAGAGCUAGAGGCCACUUGAUGAGCAACUCCGGCUGUUGGGUCUUGACAAUGUGUAUCACGAGGCGCGCGUGAGAAGCUGGUGGCAGCCGAGCGGGCCUGGUGCUCGAGGCUGGCUCUGCUCCAGAGUUCCCCGGGGCCUGCCGGGCGGGUGCGGCGUGGGCCUCGGCCAAGUCCGCCCUCCCUGGGGCCCCUCCUGGACCAUUUGCCCUGUUUUAUUUUGUUAAUUAAAUUCUUUCCAAAUUGGAUUCUUCUGGGGUUUCUUCCAGGGUGGACUUUUGUUUCUGAGCUCGUUUUCCAUGUGAGUAUUGGAAGAGAGAGGUUCUUGCUGAUGCUAAAAGCCUCUCCUUCUGGAAGCAGGUGAACUUGAAAGAGUGCCCGGGAACCGGGAGUGAGGGAGAGGGGGCACGUUUGUCUGAUUAAACUGUCUGGUCUCCACUUGAA